AUGGCGGUAUUCAAGGAACUGAGAUAUCAAUACUGCAGUGCAUGGGUGUCAUCGUACUUCAUAAUGGAAACAUAUUGUUCAACAUAUGUAGAGUUUGUGUAUCCUGUGCCAGUUCCAGCUGAAUACGAAGAACCGGAUGAAGUCAUGGUUGUUUUGCCACCAUUGAUGGACAAACGACAAGCCAGACGACCUAAAAACCAUAAUCUUAUCCCAUCCAAAUGUGAAGUUCCGAAUCAGAAAAAAUGUAGUUGUUGCCAAAGGAUCGAUCACAAAAGAAGAAACUGUGAUGCUCCGUUUCCCACAAAGUCAACAAAAAAUGAAUCUUUAAGUAGGACUAAUUCAAGUGGCAAAAAUAAAUGUUCAGUCUAA